AUGUCUACAUCAGUCGAUAUUAACCAUCAUUUUGAUGGACAAAGACAUUGGUUCAAACAGUUUUGGUAUACGAACCCUACGUUGAGGGAUGCAGAAAAGGCAGGCCCCCUCGGACCAGUACCUACACAUUUCCACAGAGAUAUCUUGAAUCGGGAGACAUGGCGACCUCGAGAUCUUCUCAGAUAUAUCUCUCCUUCCUAUGGAAAGCCACAUCAUAUGAUCGUACAAGCCGCUUCCGGUCCCAACACCCAACCCCAGGGAGAAUGGAGGCGGCGACCUGUUGGGGGAAACGCACCUACACUUAUGCGGGUAUCUACAUGGGCCAUCGGAAAUCGCCUCGAAACUGCCGAAGACUAUGCCUUGGCUAUUGGAAGAUCCAUUCUUGUUCUUCCUAUCAUAAUGUUUAUUGUACUCUAUCCGAUGUUUACUAAUGGCACCGGAAAGCAGAAUGACAAAUAUACCAGUUUCCCACACAGAUGCUAUGAGUAUCCAAAGCAUGCACUAAAUCAGCUAGAUGCUUCGCCAAAGGCAUUGGAAUGGGUCAAGGGACAGCGUAAAGAUGACGGAGAUAAGACCUAUAUAAUUAAGGGCGAACAGAAUCGUCUUCUUCGACCUCGUGCCUUGGUUGUUCUUCGUAACAAUAAAUGGGAUGUUGUCGAAGAUGGAAGUUUUACUGGACCAUAUAUCUUCAUUAGUUUUGCAGCGGCUCAGUACCAAAAGCCGGCCCCAACAGAUGAAAAUCCUCAGAAGACCGAGCUAGAUGUGGACGCCAUUGAUCGAAGAGCGAGAAAGCUUACGCUGCAUCAUGGGAUGGAAGCUUAUUGGGCAGACUUUCAUUGUAGAGCAGAAUUACAGCCCGAGGCUACUGAUGACGUCCAUCGGUUUUGUGAUGUCACACGUGGGGCUGAGAAGGUUUGUGUUGUUUUGCCAGGCGAUUCCCCUGAAUUUCUAGUAUUUUUUGGUCAGCGCCUCUGGUGUUUACCUGAGAUACUGCUUGCCCGAGAUCAUAAAGUCAGUAUUUGCACGCCCGACUUCCAGAGCAAAGAUGGUGUGGAUAAGGUAGAAGUUGUUGAUAUCAUGGAAUUCACGCAUCGAUCGUGGGCAAGGACGCUUACACCUAGUAAUGAGAUCAUUCGUGAUGGCAAUGACGAGAUUUUCCGGUUGUUGGCAGAGCAUUAUACUGGCUCAUUAACUCUCAGUCGACUUGAGCUGAUUCAAGUCGCACUUCAAGCCUUGAAAUCUAGACAAUACACGGAGUUCCAACGUGGUGACAUUGCUUACGCUCUCAUGACACUGCUCACGAAGCGGCCUCGUAUGGAUCCUUCUGACACAGAAGAGCAAGCCCUUGCACGACUAUCACUAGCUAACGAUAGUGACCAAAUCGUCGAGCGCAUGGCUUGCAUGGACGGUAUUCGCAUUAAAGGUAAACCUGCGUGGUUCAAUCUUGAAGAUGAUCUCGGCGCCAAUUUGUGGGAUAUCCAGCCACUUUGUCAAGUAGCAGGUGUUUGUCAUGAUGGAUCCUUGAUUUUGGAUGGUACCCAUGCAAUCUCCAUUCGUUGGAAGGACAUUCCGCGAAUUCAUUCUUUCAGACCAGUGACCUGGAAAAAGCUGGGUGCUGACAUUGCGUUGAGAUCCGGGACAAUUUGGUUUGUUGUUGGUAUCAGUCUUGUGUCUGCUAAGUCAUCUGUGGGACUGGGGGCCUUCCUCCUAAUCUUGGGGCUUAUUUUAUUGCUCACAUCACCACUCUCUGUGCAUAUUCUCUAUGGUGGAAAAGUUUGGGGAGCUUGCCCUUGGCUUAUCGGCUUCGAAGGAACACUUCCGCUUGAACAGAUCGAGCAUCUCACUUUUGGUAAUGCAAUAGGUCGUCUUCAAUACUCACCUUCCAGUGGCCCUUACUGCACUGGUAAACCAGAUGAGAGAAUUGGCGCCGAACCUCUCUUCAAUGUUUCCGAUCUUCCACAAGGGCACAGAUUGUUUACAUUGAUCGAUACCGGAACAAUGACUGUAACUGUUUUCUCCGCCGAACGACCGCCAUCUGUAGCAUUACUCGCCGGUAAAGAGGGAGGUAUGUUACGCACGAUAUUAUGCUCUUAUGAAAGAUCCACGAAUGGGUUGCGCAAGGAAUGCGUCUUAAGAAUGGAAACGCCUAUGUGGGAUUCCAGUAAUGCAUUGGGGUGGGUUAAGCUUACUUAG